GUUUGAGGACCCAAGAGUCUCUAUCCUGUCACCUGCGCAGAGUCUGCAUGAAGGAUAAGACACCACCACAGAUCCUAGAGGUGGUUGAAAAGGCCAAGAAAGAUGUGUGUGACCUCCUGAAGAAUGGACGGGCUUUUAGUUAUGCAGUCCUGAAGCAAAUCGUCUCAUCACCAAAUCCACUCGAAGGAUUGAUUGAGGAGCUGAAAUACCAUCACUUGUUUGUGACAGGAGUCCCUCCUCCUCUGCCCAUUGGUAAUCCAAGGUUGGUCACCGAAACCCUUUCUGAAUGCCCUGGGGAGGCACCCGGAGAAACAGAGCCAUCUGAUGUGGAAUCUUGCGGCAGCAAUGAGCUUUUUCAAUGUAGACAAGAGAAAACGUAUACCAAAGACAAAAUGGUGAAAGCGAAGGAUUUAGGCAUUUUGAAAAAGCAUUCAGCAGAUCAUCCAUUGCUCAAGCGCUUUGCCGACUACCUAAAGAAUGUUUACGAAAAUGCAAAGUACCAACAGGAGGUUGACACUGUUUCCCGGUACCUGUAUUUUGCUGAUCCUACGGAACCAUCUUUGAAGUUUGUCAAUGACAGAGAGAAGCUCAGAGACUUCCUGGGUCAACAGGCUAAGGCAGGGUAUAAGGCACAAACAUCAGGAAAUUACAUCAAGUGCUUGAAAAGGUUCUUGGAGUUCCACUUGACAAGGACCGGCUUGAGACAGGAUGACGGGGAGCUCUACAAGCAGUGCACAUUAUAUUUGAGUUUUUUAACUUCUUCACAGAGUGUCCUCUCUAAGCAAGCGAGCAAAGAAAUUGUGCAAAAGAGUCAUGCCUUGUCGUUUGACAAAAGUCAACCCACACCUCGUGAAUGCUUGGCUGUUCUUGAUAAAGGUGAAGGUGACUUAGUGAAAAUCAUGAAUCAACUUGAUGACAGUUCUUCUUCCUCCCUGAGUAGGACUGAGUGCAUAUUUGUGCUAUACUAUCUUGAGGCAAUUGUCAUACUAAGACACUGCCAACAGCCAUGUGUGGUGCAGAGCAUGAAGGUCAAGGAAUGGCUUGAACGGAAACACGCAGAUGAUGAUUCAAUCGUUUUUGUAAAGGACCACAAGACGGCUGCACAUUUUGUGGUCUCAAUUGUCCUGUCCAAGAAGGAGGAGGCGUGGUUUGAGAAAUAUUACACCAAAGUGCGGCCACAGCUCCUUGCUGGCGAAAGGAAACGUAAGCGAGAUGAGCAGGAUGAGAAGGAUGGAGAUGUUUUUUUCUUUGUGUCCUCCCGCGGUAAGCCAAUUAACAAUGCAGCUGGUGAUCUGAUAAAGCUCCAGCAAAAGUGCAACGUCCCCCAGGUGAGCAGCCAGGUUGUACGGAGGGUAUUUGAGACAGCAGCUAACCGCCUGGAUGACCCUCAGAAGAAAGCAGUUUCUGACUACCUGGGCCAUUCUGGCACAACAGCUGACAGACAUUACAGGAUGAAAUCUCUUGAAUCCAUUGUGAUAGCUGCUGGUCUGCUGAAGAAAUUACAGAGGCAGAAGAAGUCAAGUGCUGGGCCUUCCGGAGAAGGGACCCGUCAAGAGGCUCUUGGAGAAGGGACCAGCCCUCAGUCAGUGGAGUCUUCCAGCCAUGGUGACCAUUGUGCUCUCCCUCAGCCUUCCUUGAGACAGCUAGUGAUCGAUUUAGAGAGGAUUCCUGAGGGAAAUGACAAAGUCAAAUUCCACGAGGCAUUCAAGUCCCUCUUGGAAAACCACCCUGUGACACUGAGUGGUCAAAUCCCAAAAGUGAGAAUCCGCAGGGACACCUCGGAGGCCAAUCAGCGGAAGCUUUACACGCACUGGGCGCAAAAGCAAUUAGAAAUGCGUGUAAAACACACCCGUGAACAAUUCAAUCGGAGGAGGCCAACGAAAGAGCGUGUCGACACAUGGGUCAAAAAGCAGGGAUGGAAGUGCAAGGCUGCCAACAUCAGCACUGAGGUUGUGGAGAACUGGGCACCAUCUGGAUCUGAGGACCGCAUCAUGGACAACAAACACAGGUGUCAUUGCCACCCUGACAAGAGAACAUUUGGCAGGCUGGUGAAUCAUUCCAAAAAGAACUCGAACAUCAAGCCCCUGCACUGUGUGGUGGACAAGCAUGGAGAAAUGAAGGAUGUGAUCCUUUUCAUUGCAACCAAGGACUUGCCAGUGGGUGAGGAAGUUCUGUUUGACUAUUGA